GCCCCAGGAGGCUUUUUUUUUUGUUGUAUCAAUGGAUUUUUUUAGAGUUUUCAUGGGUUCCUUCGAACCCUCGUAUUGUGCGAUACCCCCUAGGCUGUACCAUUGCUUUCAUCCCUCCUUUGGAAUAGUACUCCCCUGUUCUCAUCCUUCACGGACAAAUUGAGUCCCCAGGCCCUUUUCAGCAGUGCCCUUACCUUGGUUUCUCUUGCCUACCCCUGUCUCUUGCUUUUUAACUUAGCACUACUGAGCUGCCUCUUCUCGACCUUUUGGUAGAAUGAGGAAGGCUAGGGGUAGUCAGGGCGCUGGUUAUGCCCGGAUUGACAUGGCUUGGGUUUUCUGCACGCUGAUGUAAAUAAAUACCACGAUGUACCACAAAUUGCAAAUUGAAUACAACGAUGACAUCACGGUUUUAGAGGUAGAAAGAAGCGAAUUUGUAUGUUUGUUCGAUCGCGGUAGCUCUUUCCUCCCAUCUCAAGCACCUACUUCCGGCACUCAUCCCCCUGCGGCCGCUGUUGAGCUACAAGAAGGAUCACGUGUAAUCGUUCGGUCGAGACCCAACACAAACACUUCACAACACGAGGCUUCCAUACGUUUGUGUUUGGUUGAACCAAUUUCGGCGAACCCUCGUAAAAAGCGUGCUUGCCUCAUUGCACUGCAGCAAGGACGUUACCUAGGCAAUUCAAGGCGGUGUGCUCUCUCUCUGUAUUUCUACCUUUCGCCCGUCUUCUUUUGUUCGAGGAUCUGUCUGUUCAGGAGCUUUUUCUUGUUCAACCUAUUUGAACGCCCACGCCCUGCGCUUGCAUUCCCCUCAUUAGAGGACGAAACGAAACGGAACGAAACGAAACGAACACACGAUUAGCUGUCAAACAUGUCGAGCCUGUUCAACUCGAUACGAUUCACCCUAUAUAGUGCGUCAGAGAGCGCAAUCUUGGGAUGGAAUAGAA